AUGGAGCAGACCAAGGCUUUGAAUGCUCUAGAACCUUACCUAGCUCUCACGAAGUCCGCGGCCGCACCCCGAGCAGCAGCUGACCUAGUCACCCAAGCUACAUCCAACCCGAACACCUACGUCUUCGCCGAGCUACUCCAAGCGCCUCAGAUACAAUCUCUCAGCCAAUCCCCCGAGUACGCAUCAUACCUCUCACUCCUCGAGAUAUUCUCCUUUGGCACGUUCUCCGGCUACAAACAGCUCGCCGGAAAACUCCCCCAACUCAACGAUGCCCAAACCCUCAAACUACGGCAACUCUCCCUCCUAACCCUAGCCCGCGACCCCCACAACCUAAGCUACGCAACCCUACAACAAAACCUAGGGCUUCCCGACUCCCGCGCCGUCGAGGACCUAGUGAUCUCCGCGAUCUACGCCGGGUUAAUCGAAGCCCAGCUCGACCCGCGACACCAGGCCGUGCACGUCUCCAGCGUCUCCCCUCUGCGGGAUCUAGAGCCCAACUCGCUCCCGUCUAUGCUCACGGCCCUAGUCACGUGGUCCGAUAGGUGUACAUCCACGCUCGCGGACCUGGACGCCCAAGUCGCGCAGAUCAAGUACGAGGCCAAGCAGCGAUAUGACGAGAAGAUAGCUUGGGAGACGCGCGAGGCGAAGCUCAUCGAGGAGCAGCGCAAAGCAGAUUUAGUGUCUCCCCCGCAAGGAGGCGCACACAGCCGUGGACAAGGGCGGUAUUUGGAUUCCGCCGUGGCACGACUACGUGGCGGUCAGCGUAACGGCAAGCGUGGAAGUGGCAGCCUGGAUGCGGCGCAAGACUCGGAUGAGGCCAUGGAUCUAGAUGAGGAGGAGCCCGAUGAAGGAGAGAUCGUCGGCGCAGGGGCGGGUGCGUCGAGUGCUGGCAAGAAGCAACGGGCGAGUCGUCGAAGACUUUAG